GCAGGGGUGGGGGCGGGGCGAGCGCCGCGAACCUGGGAAGCGGAUCUGACCGCGCAGUUCGCACUGUCAGGUCUGGGCGGGCCCAGAGAGGGACCCCCUAGCCGCUCUCCCCAUGGGGAUGUGUUUUCCCUGUCCGGGGGAGUCCGCGCCUCCCUCGCCGGACCUGGAAGAGAAAAGAGCAAAGCUUGCAGAGGCUGCAGAGAGAAGACAGAAGGAGGCUGCAUCUCGGGGCAUUUUGGAUGUUCGGUCUGUGGAAGAAAAGAGAAAGAAAAAGGAAAAAAUAGAAAAACAAAUUGCUACAUCUGGGCCCCCACCAGAAGGUGGACUUAGGUGGACAGUUUCAUAAGCGUAACGUGAGUAGAAAAGUCUACUGCCAGUAACUAAUAUCUGCAAUCAAGUGGACGUCCGCAGCCUAAUGUCUUCUCUUUGAAUAAAUAAAAUAAUUUAUUGUAAUUGUAGUGCCAUUAAAUGCAGUCAGUGCUUUUCCAGUAUUGAUAGACUGAAACUGUUUUUGAUGUUCAAACUUAGAAAAUGGCCAGACCCUUCAACACAUACUUAUUUUCUUACAUUUGCUCUUGUGCAGGUAGUGGGUGAUUUGCCAUUUUUUAGUAAUUAAAACAUGGACCUAAAUAGUGAAUAUAUAUAUAUAUGUCGCAUGCAAAAAGUCUGCAUACACCUCAGACAUUAAAGUUUGCCAUUGUAUUUUCUCUCCUUUAUACGAUGACCUAGCAAUCUAUAUUUUUCUGCUUAGCCUUGUAUCUUUUUUUAUUUCAUUAUCUAUGAAGGCUUUUGCUUAAAAUUAUGGACUUUGUGCCUUUAAACUGAUCAUCAGGGAAAAUGUUGAAAAAUCAUUUGAAGGGCUUAUCUGAAGGGACACUGUAAAUUUUUGUAUCUUACCAAUGAAAGAGUAAUGAAAAUUUGUAGAAACUGUUGAAUUUCUCCUAAUUUAUUUUCUAUUUCUGUGGCUUAUAAAAUUAACAUGUAGGGUUUUACAUUGCAAUAAAAGUGUUUUUUUGCUUGCUGAA